GGGAUGGAUUCAGACCCAGGUGUGAGUGUUUCUGGAGUGAUUUUGGGGUGCAUUUCUGGUCUCUCCUGACCCUUUUACCCCCCCCCCGGCAGCCCAAGGUGGUGUGGCUGAAGAACCAGCCCAAGGUGGUGUGGCUGAAGAACCAGGUGGCCAUCGGGGAGGACCCGCGGUUCCUGGCCCGGCACAGCCAGGGGGUCCUGACCCUCCUCAUCCGCAAGCCGGGACCCUUCGACGGCGGCACCUACGGCUGCAGGGCCGUCAACGAGCUGGGGGAGGCCCUGACCGAGUGCAGGCUCGAGAUCCGCG